AUGCGUCCCUUUCUCUUUCGGACUGCGUCCACACCUCUGUAUCCGAUCAUAGCCAAUGCCAGUGCCGUAUCCAUUAGAGGACGGCGGCUAGAGGGGACGGACCAAAGGCAAAGAAGGGUGAUAAUUGGCACUACGAUUUCAGCUGUGGGUAAUGAUCUUCUUAAUGGAUCUGUACAUGGGCAUGUCUAUACCUCUGUUCCCAUAGAUAUGCCACUGCGCUCUGAUCACAGCUUGAUGGCUGGAGCUGCUGUGGGAAUGGAUAGUGUUAUUGCUACUACUACUACUACUGCUGCUGCUGCUGCUGCUGCUGGGACCAGCAGCGCAAGUAGAAAAGGAACACGGAGAUGUCUCGGGUCCUUCGGCAAUUCCCGCGUCUCGAUCUCCGGAUCAGGGGUCCAAGGAGAAGCUGAAUCGUCUGCUGCCCCGGCAUCAGGUGUAGAAUCCGGAUCGGAUCGGCAAGCGACCCAGCUCCCGUCACCAGCGGGUGUACCACGGGCCAACGUCCGCUUGCCCUCUCCGCUCCUGGCUAGUUCAGGGCUACAAGGCUUGCCUGCACCUCAGGAUCAACGCAGAUCAUACUCAACGCUGACAAGCCCCUUUUCUUCCACUUCUCCGUCAUCUCCAUCACCGCCAGACACCGAUGACAGGCCCAUAAACCAAGAUGCCAGCUCGCCGCGCUCUGACACUGAACUCUCCAUUGACUUUGGCCGCCUCGCCGCCUUGAUCCCCAGCCAAAGCCCCACCGGCAUAAAUUCCAUCUGGUUCAUCGUCGCAACCGCCUCGCUCCUAGCGUUCCACAAGGAAGCCGCCGUGGGUGAGCUCUGGAAGUAUAUCAGCCAGCGCUGCGAAGGCGAGGGUGGAAGGGAGAGCAAAAACGACAUAGCUGGCGAUGAUGCCCGGUCAAGGCAGCUUGGGAUCGCCCGACGGAUCAGGGAGAGCUGUCUGAAGGCGACAUCACUGUCCACCACCAGCACCUCGAUCCUCGCAGCGCUGCAAGCCGACAAACCCCUGCGCACGCUCUCCGCCUUUCCCACGAGCGAAUCGCGCUACGCCCGCGGCAAGCAAUUCUUCACCCGGAUCUAUGCCAACCACACGGAGCGCGUGUUGGCGUCCAUGGGCGCGAGUUCGGCCGGCGACCUGAGCUAUUUCGCCAUCUCGAGCAUCUACGGCGAGUUGAUGGCUGAGACGAGCAUUUUGGAUGGGCGCGAGACGGUUCUGUUGGAGUUUGCAUGUUGUUUGGCGGAUGGUGUUGGGCCGCAGGCGAAGGGGAACCUCAGCGCCAGCGGGGAGGAGAUUCGCGGUGCGAUUGAGAUCGUGCGGGAGAUCGCACGGCAGCUGGAAUUGACUUCUCUGCUGGAGGAGGUGGGGGAGGGGUUCGAGCGGGGCGAGGGGGAGUUCCGGUUUUUGAAGAGAGCGAUUUAUGGGUGUCUACGCAACGCCUGCACGUUUCGCCAGAUCGUCUAUCCGGAUAAUUCGACACACGUCCGAUCCACACCAGAGCUCGCCAUGUUCGAGGUUAUCGACCUGCGCAUGUGGUCUGUCACCGCCCGUCUGGGUAACUACGUGGUAAUGCGCGAUGAUGGAGGCUCGUACGCGUCCCUGCUUCGUCAUGCCCAGCGUUUCCAGCCGGACUUGCAGAGUAACAGCAUUGCUACACUGCUGCUCUAUUCCAUGGACUGUUCAAUGCAGUGCAGUGAAGUGCAGUGCAGUGCAUAUACAUAUAUAUUCAUAUUUUGGGUGCUUCAAGAAAAGGAGAAAGAAAAGGGGAAAGUGGCGGGUGUCUGUCUUGUUUGUCAGCUUGCCAGAUUCAACGCAACGUAG